ACUGCUACGAGAUCGCCAUAUUUGUCGGCGUUCCGCGUUACAGAGCACGCUCUUUUUUCGCCCUUAUCCAGUUUUUAAACAUUUUUUAAACAAACACGAAAAAUGUCGUACAAAGGACCGCAGAAAGUCCAGAAGGUAAUGGUACAACCUAUUAAUUUGAUUUUUCGUUAUCUGCAAAACCGUUCACGCGUGCAAGUCUGGUUAUUCGAGAACAUCAACUUGCGAAUCGAGGGACACAUCGUCGGCUUCGAUGAAUACAUGAAUUUGGUGCUGGAUGAUGCCGAGGAGUAUCACCAAAAGACGAAAAAUAGGAAGCAACUUGGACGAAUCAUGCUGAAAGGCGACAAUAUUACGUUAAUACAAAAUACUAAUCCCAGCACAAAUUAAUGGCGAUGAAGAGUAACCUAACCUCAACUCGGCAAUAAAUUGGCGCCAAGGAGUUUAUCAUAUUCUCAAUUCUUCAGAAUUUCUUGGACUGUGAGCAAAGCGUUCAGGGAGAUUGUUUAGCUGCAAAAGUUGACGAUCAUUUAAGAAAAAUGUAUUUGCGUGACGAAUGUAUGGAUGCGUUAAAUUUAUAUCUUGUAACACUUUUAGUUAUCUCAGUACAAAUUUCUAUAUAAAUGUUGACAAAUAAGAAAUCAAAUUUUGUCAUGAGAGAGAAACAUUCAAUAUUUUACAUUAAUGAAUUAGUCUCAUUUAAACUUAUGUGAGCAAAUAUUCCUUGCAAUAUAUUAUCAUAUAUUGCCCGUCUUUAUUAGCGAUACAAACAAUGUAGGAUUCUAUUUUGAAUGACAACUUUUGUAAAAAUCUAUGUUGAAUGUGUACUUUAUAAAAGAUAAUGUGUGGCUUUAUAAAAGAUAAAUAACAUAUAA